AUGGUCAAAGAGUACUCCUUGAGACAACUCACGAAGGCCGAGGACAAGCUCGCGGCCAUAUCCGGCCUCGCCACCCUGACGCGUGACGCCACCAACGCUGUCACGGACGGAGAAGGGGACAGAUAUCACGCAGGAUUGUGGGAGAGCCGUCUAGUCCUCGAUCUUACGUGGCGGAUGCCGCAUGGCGGCACCAGACCGGCCAAGUACAGAGCGCCAACGUGGUCGUGGGCAUCAAUUGAUGGCCAGAUAGCCGGCCCCUUGAACGGUGCGCCAAGCAACGAUAGCUGCAUGAUGCACAUUGUCAGUAAUGCCGAAGUCUGCGAGAUCUGGUGCCAGCCGGAGGGUGAGAUGAACCACACUGGACGGCUCGCGAAUGGGUUCACGGUCAGUCAUGAUCUUGAGAUCAUGUACAGGUAA